AUGGCAAAGGGCUCCACCUCUCUCAUCGACCCACGGUACUGCUGCUGCGCGGUGCCGAUGGUCAAUGCGGGCAUUUACUCUAUCAUCGCCGAGCAGACAGCCGUAGCAGUUGCGACCGCCGUGCUGUGCUUUACAGCGCCGAGUGUGCCGGGUGUCGCAACACCGCCGUUUGUGACGUACAUCUUUGCCGUCGUGUGUCUCGUCGGGCUUGCAGUGCAGCCCGUGGGCUUCGUCGGCGCGUUCCGCGAGAAGACCAAGACGUUCCGCGUCUACUCUGCGCUCAACGGCAUCAUCACCCUCCUAGCCUUUAUUGUGGCUGCUGCCAUCAUCAUCGUCUCGGCCGUACGACACGACGCCGCGAUGGCAAAGUGCGAGAAGGACUACUUCACGCCAUCGUCCUCGGCGACCCAGCAGGCGCAGCAGACAUUGAACGAGGAGAGCGGGUUGUUGUGCAACGCGUUCACAUGGGCCGACAUCGGCUUCAUGGGCGGCCUUUGGGUCAUUCUCGCCCUGACCCAGUCCUACUUCGUCUACUGCACGCGCAAGUACGGCAAGAGCCAGGUCAAGGACCACAAGCUCUACCACUCGGUGUACAGCGAGAACCCCGAGGCGUUCACCAUGAGUAUCCUCCAGAGCAAGCGUUACAACGGCACAGACAGUGUCAUGUGGACGAACUCGAUGGUCGUGCCCGGUGGGCCGCGCGACGACUGGGACGCGCGCCCGAGCUACGAGAGCGGGCGCCAUGAGCCGGGCCCCGAAGCCGGCGGCGCAUACUACAACCACGCGCGCGGUUACAGCGACGGCCGCGAGGCGUACGGCUACGGCGACAGCGCCGCCGGCGCGCCCGGCCCAAGCAACCCGUACGCGUUCAACGCGCCCGGCGGCGGCUAUGUCGACCCCGUCAAUCCUGCGACCAUGCCGGGGCCCAACAAGGUCUAG